CCAGGGCUGGGCGGAGGCCGCGCCUCGACAGCAUGGCCCGCGGCGGGGCGCAAUGGGAGGUGGUCUCUCCCCCUGCCUCCCGCGGACCCUCUUCUUCCUCCUCCUGCUCCUCCCGCACCCGCGGCGGCGGCUGCAAACUUGCUGCGGCGGGCUGCGUGUGAAGGCACGGCCCGGCGGGGCGGCUCCGCUGCUCCCGCAGCCCCCGUCGUCGCGCCCGCAGCCCGGGGGGCGAGGCCGCCGCCCGCGGGCAUGCGGCGCUGCCACCGCGCCCGUCGAGACACGGUGCGGAGCCGCGGGCGGCGGGGCUGCGCUUAGGGGCGGCCGGGGCGGGAGCCCCAUGUCCGGGGCUCGCCGCGCUCCGCGGGCCGGCGGCGGGGCGAUGAGCUGCCGGGGCGAGCGGGCGCGCCUGGCCCCCGGUUUGCCCUGCUCCCUCGCCCGUGGGGAGUGAGGCUCCGCGGAGCCCGCUCGGAGCUCCCGGAAGGGCGGGCAGGCGGGCGGGGAGGUGGUGCCGGCGCGGCGAUGCUGCAGCCCUCCCCCGGCGCCGACGGGGUCCUGCCGGGGUAGCGGCCCCGCCGUGCCGCGCCGAGCCCCGCCGUCUGCGGGGGCGGCGGCCGCGGAGGGAUGGAGCCGGCCGGCCCCUGCCGGGCGCAGUUGGGCUCCGCCAACGACUCUUACCGAAACUGUAGCGCCGAGGAAGUGAUUUACCAAGAUGCCACCCCUCUCUCCGGGAAGAUCGUGCUCGCUGUCGUCCUGGCGCUGGUCACCCUGGCCACGGUGCUUUCCAACGCUUUUGUCAUCGCCACGGUGUACCAGACGAGAAAACUCCACACGCCGGCCAACUAUCUGAUCGCCUCGUUGGCUGUCACCGACCUCCUCGUCUCCAUCCUUGUCAUGCCCAUCAGCACUAUGUACACUGUGACCGGCAGGUGGACGCUGGGUCAGAUCGUCUGCGAUAUCUGGCUGUCCUCGGACAUCACCUGUUGCACGGCGUCCAUCCUGCACCUCUGUGUCAUCGCCCUGGACCGCUACUGGGCGAUCACCGACGCCGUCGAAUACUCCACGAAACGGACUCCCAAGCGGGCAGCGGGUAUGAUCGCACUGGUAUGGAUCUUCUCCAUCUGCAUCUCCAUGCCCCCUUUGUUUUGGCGGCAGGCGAAGGCCGAGGAAGUAUCUAACUGUGUGGUGAACACGGACCACGUCCUGUACACCGUGUACUCCACAGUGGGAGCCUUCUACUUUCCCACUCUGCUGCUCAUAGCCCUCUACGGGAGGAUCUACGUGGAAGCCAGGUCGCGGAUUUUGAAGCAGACGCCAAAGAAAGCAGGUAAAAGACUAACGCGGGCACAGUUAAUUACAGACUCCCCGGGGUCGACCUCUUCCGUCACGUCCAUAAACUCCAAGGCUCCCGAGGGGUCCAGCGAAACGGGCUCCCCCGUGUACAUGAACCAGGUGAAGGUGAAGGUCUCGGACGCCCUGCUGGAGAAAAAGAAGCUGACGGCCGCUAGAGAGCGGAAAGCUACAAAGACUUUAGGGAUUAUUUUAGGAGCCUUCAUCGUGUGUUGGCUGCCCUUUUUCAUCAUCAGCUUGGUGAUGCCUAUUUGCAAGGACGCUUGCUGGUUCCACAUGGCCAUCUUUGACUUUUUCACGUGGCUUGGAUAUCUCAACUCCCUCAUCAACCCUGUCAUCUAUACUAUGUCUAACGAAGACUUCAAACAAGCUUUCCACAAACUCAUACGUUUCCGAUGCACAGGCUGAAAUGUUGAAUGCGAUGUGCUCCCCGGGGCAGCCCCCAUGCACGCCUGCGCCCGGCGCCACAGGAGCUACUGUGUAUAGGCAAAAGAAGUUUCCUCCAGAGACAGGAAUACCAACCUCUGCUGAAGAUUUGCAGGCCCUCUUCUACUCUUUACCACUUUUACUAAACCUGUCACAAGCUGAGCGCUCCUCAAGAGAGUCCCUGUAGUCGAGCUCUUGGUCCUUGUAACCAGCAAGAGCUGAAUAAAGUACCAGAGAAGACCCAGUCUGCUGGGUCCUUUCAAUGUACAAGAAUCUCUUUUUCUUGGAUUGUAUGUGAGGCAGUCAAGCUGAGAGGAUCCUCACAAACAGAAGAGUACGACAUGCCCACAUUGAUCAUUUCCAGCACUUGGCAUCUUCUGUGCCACGAAACUGCUGAUGGUGUAUCAGCCAAGAUGCAACACUAAAAGUAUUUCAGUAAUGGCCAAGGAACCAACAACUGAGCAGCAGGCACUGAAUAUCAUUUGGAAAGCAUAUCCUUUUUAGUUCACAGGUGGCGUGAGGAGGAACAAUUGCCUUGAAAAUUACAGCAGUUCAGCAAUUUCUUCAAAUUGACAUAAAUCAAGGAAUAACUACUUAGAAUAACCAACUCCUUACUCCAGGACAUGAUCAGAACUAGAAAAUUAUAUUGAAGCUGGGAAGAUGAAGAGAUGUUUGGAUAUGCUGAGAUCACAUUUUUCAGCUGUAAGCACAGGAGUGCACAUUUUAACAACGGAGCAGAUGCUUCCAAUUAUCUGCAAUAAGGGACACUUGAAAAUCUAGCUGGUAUUAGGUGGUUGUCAGAAGGCGCUUGGAUAAGAAGAAAAGGAUGGAAAGUGCAGCAAAAUAAUUUUACUUUCAUAACACAUUAAUUUUAAGACUGCUCUACAAAUUGAAAAACUCGUGUGUAUUCUGAUGACUGAAAGCAAAACAAUCAAACUGGAAAUCUUAAUGUAGAGUGCUUUUCCUAUUUUAAACCAUGACAAACUUUACUCAUGAAAUAUUUCCUUUGAUGUUCUACAGUGUUAUUCAAAUUUAAAUAGAUUUACAUGUUUAACUGUGCCUACUGCUUGCUCAUGUCGUGCUUACAUGUGACCUGAAAAUAAGAUUCCCAUAGAAAUAGACAGCUUGUAAAAUACAUGGAAGAAAAGAAAUUGUACAACAUAGAAAAAAAAAUAAAUGUAGCCCUUUUAUUCAUUCUUUUACAAUUACUGCAUGCCACAUCCUGGGGGACGUUGUUGAUUUGCUAUGUGCUUAGCAGGGUGAUGUUCAGAAAGGCUGAAUUGCCUGCCCAAACCAUGCAUGUGCUGACAGGAAAAUUCAUCUUUUGUCAUUUGUUCCUUGGUCUGUAGUAACUCAGACUGCCUCCACUCUCUGCUGAAGGCCUGUUUUUUUCUCCAGAGCCUCAUGAAGAAGACAAGAACCACAGACAAUCCUUCUCUCCAGUGUGUCAAGCCUGUGUUCCAGACACACCUUCACACUUCCCCACCUCUCUGAUAGUUGGGCUAUCACAAUCUUGUCCAUACGGCACACAGAUGAGUGAGGUGAUACCAGAAGACACGAUGGUAAUUGCAGAUAUGCAGGCUUUGGAUAAGGGUGCUCUGAAAAGCCAACACCAAGCUCAGGAUUGCUCCACAUUCACCCAUGCAGCCAAGCACUUUGACCGUAUUGAUAGCAUGUGCCAAAUGAUCCAACAAUGAAACCACAGCUGUGAGUUUGUUCUCCUGGACACGCCCAAAUGCAUUUUCAUUUCUGAGUUCCAGCACUGUUCUUCCUUCUUUGAUUAUCUGGGGGGGGGGGUGGAAGUCAAUAAAACAGAAACAAGCUUUUGGUGAAAGAUUUGUGCUCUUAGCCUUGUUCCUCUUUAAAAUGCAUCCAUCAUGGCUGUAGAGAGAAACUGUUAUUUCAUCUUGCCUCCACAAAAAGUAUGAGAAAAAUACAUCAUGGAUAAAUUUUAUAGUAAAAAUUACAGACUUAUUGACAAUUGGAUAAUAUUUUGCUGGUAAAAUAAACAUACCUUUUUAAAA